AAAUAUGAGACUGGAGAUGUCUGAGGCUCAUUCUGCCCUCGAGCCCACCAGGAACGAAAGAGAAGCUCUAUCUGCCCUCCAGGAACCCAGAUAUGAACUCCGUCUCCACAAGUAAGUGCAGGAAAUCCCUAGCCCUGGAACGGCCAGCGGCGGUCGAGCCCUGUGUGAGGGAGGGAUGUGUGGCCCAGCGAGGGCUGGCGGGCGGCCAGCAGCAGAGGCAGGCUCCCAGCUGUGCUGUCAGCUCACGCCGCCGCUCGCUCCCCUCCGGCACAGGCGCCUUCGGUCCAGUUGCCUUCUCCCUGGGGCUGCUCCUGGUGUUGCCUGCUGCCUUCCCUGCCCCAGUACUCCUAGGAGAAGAUUCCAAAGAUGUAGCCGCCCCACACAGCCAGCCACUGACCUCUUCAGAACGAAUUGACAAACACAUUCGGUACAUCCUCGACGGCAUCUCAGCCCUGAGAAAGGAGACAUGUAACAGGAGUAACAUGUGUGAAAGCAGCAAAGAGGCACUGGCAGAAAACAACCUGAACCUUCCAAAGAUGGCUGAAAAAGAUGGAUGCUUCCAAUCUGGAUUCAAUGAGGAGACUUGCCUGGUGAAAAUCAUCACUGGUCUUUUGGAGUUUGAGGUAUACCUAGAGUACCUCCAGAACAGGUUUGAGAGCAGUGAGGAACAAGCCAGAGCUGUGCAGAUGAGUACAAAAGUCCUGAUCCAGUUCCUGCAGAAAAAGGUGAGUGUGUCCUCCUUCCCUCACCUUGGUGUGGGGGAAGACAGGCUCAAAGACAGUGUCCUGGACAACUCAGGGAUGCAAUGCCACUUCCAAAAGAGAAGGCUACAUGUAAACAAAAAAGUCUGAGAAAUAGUUUCUGAUAGUUACUGUUAAAUCUUUUUUUGUUUGGUUGGCUCUCUUCUGCAAAGGACAUCAAUAACUGUAUUUUAAACUGUAUUAACUAAGGUGGAUUUUAACAUCAAUUUUUAAUAGUGCAAGAGAUUAAAAAAAAAAAAGGGCAGAAAGAAGUACAUCCAUCCCCACCCAGUGAUCCACAGAAACAAAGACCAAGGGGCAUAAAAUGAUUUUAAGAUUUUAGUUAUUGCCAAGUGGCAUUCUUCUCAUUGUAGUUGUUUCAACUCUUUUUCCUACCUUUUACCAGAGAGUUAGUUCAGAGAAAUGGUCAGAGAUUCAAGUCUGGAAAGAGGUACCAAGGGCUUUGGCCACCAGUAGCUGGCUAUUCAAACAGCAGGGAGUAAAGAGUUGCUGGCUAGCAUGAGGAGGAGCCAAAGCUCAAUAAGUAAGGGCCUAGAAGGAAACCCUUGGUGCUGAUCCUGCCUCUGCCAUUUAUACUUGUUUGCCUUAAGCCAGGGUUUCUCCUAUGUGAACGUGCAUGGGAAUUCCCUGGGCAUCUUGUUGUGGUGUAGAGUCUGACUUGGCAGGCCUUGGGUGGGUUUCAGGGUCAUAUUUCUAGCAGGCUUAUAUCCCUGGUGAUGCUGCAGAAUUCCAGGACCACACUUGGAGGUUUAAGGCCUUCCAUAAGUUACUUAUCCCAUCUGGUGGGUCUAUGGAAAGGUGAAAGUUUCCCAGUCCUCUUUACACCACCAGACCACUGGUCUUUCAACAGAUCCUAAAGGGAUGGUGAGAGGGAAACUGGAGAAAAAUAUUAGAUUUAGAGGCCACUGAAGAACCCAUAUUAAAAUGCUUUUAAGUAUGGGUUCUUCAUUCAUAUACUAAAUAUGAACUAUGUGCCAGGCAUUAUUUCAUAUGACAGAAUACAAACAAAUAAGAUAGUGAUGUUGGUCAGGCUUGGUGGUUCAUGCCUGUAUUCCCUAAACUUUGGGAGCCUAAGGUGAGAACUCCUUGAACUCCUAAGGCCAGGAGUUCAAGACUAGCCUGGACAACAAAGCGAGACCCCAUCACUACAAAAACACAAAACCAAACAAAGAAAAAGAUAGUGGUGCUUUCCUCAGGAUGUUUGUGGUCUAAUGGGAGACAGAACAGCAAAGGGAUGAUUAGAAGUUAGUUGCUGUGAGCCAGGCACAGUGCUGAUAUAAUCCCAGCACUUUGGGAGGCUGA